AUGGCGCGCGCGGCGGGCCCCGAGCGGCGGCUGCUGGCCGUCUACACCGGCGGCACCAUCGGCAUGCGGAGCGAGGGCGGCGUGCUGGUCCCUGGGAAGGGCCUGGCUGCCGUUCUGAGGAGGCUGCCCAUGUUCCAUGAUGAAGAGUAUGCCCAGGCCUGCCAGCUCCCCGAGGACACCCUGGUGCUGCCCCCUGUCAGCCCCGACCAGAGGGUUAUCUACACGGUGCUGGAGUGGCAGCCCCUCUUAGACUCCAGUGACAUGACCAUGGCCGAGUGGGUGCAAAUCGCGCAGACCAUCGAGAGGCACUAUGAGCAGUACCACGGCUUUGUGGUCAUCCAUGGCACCGACACCAUGGCCUUCGCUGCCUCCAUGCUCUCCUUCGUGCUGGAGAACUUGCAGAAACCUGUCAUCCUCACUGGGGCCCAGGUGCCCAUCCAUGCCCUCUGGAACGACGGCCGGGAGAACCUGUUGGGGGCGCUGCUCAUGGCUGGCCACUACCUGAUCCCUGAGGUCUGUCUCUUCUUCCAGAAGCAGCUGUUCCGGGGCAACAGGGCCACCAAGGUGGACUCGCGGAGGUUUGCGGCCUUCUGCUCCCCCAACCUGCCUCCCCUGGCCACAGUGGGAGCCGACAUUAUAAUCAACCAGGAGCUGGUGCAGAAGGUUCGGGGGAAGGAGCCACUGCUGGUGCACAGCCGCCUGGAGCGCGACGUGGGCGUGCUGCGCCUGUACCCCGGAAUCCCCGCCUCCCUGGUCCGGGCCUUCCUGCAGCACCCCCUGAAGGGCGUCGUCCUGGAGACCUUCGGCUCAGGCAAUGGGCCCACAGAGCCGGAGCUCCUGCAGGAACUUCGGGCAGCCAGCGGACGUGGCGUCCUCAUUCUCAACUGCACCCACUGCCUCCAGGGCACCGUGACCUCAGACUACGCCGCCGGCGCGGCCUUGGCGGACACCGGCCUGGUCUCGGGCUCCGACAUGACCACGGAGGCGGCGCUGGCUAAGCUGGCCUACGUGCUGGGCAGGCUGGGGCUGAGCCUGGACGACAGGAAGCAGCUGCUGGCCCAGGACCUUCGGGGGGAGAUGACGCCACUGGCUGCUGAGCCCCGGCCCUCCCUGCGGGGCAGCCCACUGGGGCGUCAGGUGGCCCAGUUCCUCAGUCUGAGCAACAACAGCCAGGAGUUUAAUGCCGUGUGGGACGCCCUGCUGCCCAGUCUGGCCUGUGCUGCAUCUCAUGCAGGAGACUUGGAGGCGCUGCAGGCGCUCGUGGAGACGGGCAGCGACCUGAGCACAGAGGACUUUAACGGUCAGACCCCACUGCACGCGGCUGCCCGGGCGGGCCACGCAGGGGCCGUCAGCAUGUUGCUGCGGAGAGGCAUGGACGUGAACGCCCGUGACAGCGACGGCCUCAGCCCGCUGCUGCUGGCUGUGAGGGGCAGGCAUCGGGGUGUUAUUGGGCUGCUGCGGGCAGCUGGGGCCUGCCUGUCCCCCCAGGAGCUGGAGGACGCGGGGACAGAGCUGUGCAGGCUGGCCUCCCGGGCAGAUGGCGAAGGCCUGCAGGUGUGGUGGCAGGCGGGGGCAGACCUGGGGCAGCCAGGCUAUGACGGGCAUAAUGCCCUGCAGGUUGCGGAAUCUUCCGGAAACCUGGAAGUAGUAACCCUUCUGCAGAGCCUCAAGGGCAGGGCCAGUGCCUCGGCCCCAGGCCCAGUAAGCCCCCACCCUGGCGGGGCUGGCAGCUCCCCUGUGGUAAAUGCCCAGAUCCCAGGCGUGGGCAAUGUGGUGGGCCGGGCCAGUCUUUCCACCCGCACCCCCAGCUUUCUCAGCCCAGUUCCCAGGCUGGCUGUGCUGCUGGCAGGGCGCCAGAUCCUCCCCCAGGUUCGGGCGCGCCAGCCUUACACAACCAGGUCAUGCCACCUGCGGUGGAGUGCCGUGGGCCUGGGGGAGCCUUUGCCCCACGCCCUGGUGGAAGGCUCAGUGCCAGAGGGGAAUGGCCCCCGACUCAGCGCUCCCCUGGCCCUGUACGCAGAGCCGCAGGCUGUGAAGGUCCUGGGGGCUCGUGUUACCCACAUGGCAGCCUUCUCCCAGGAGCCCUCUCCGGCUGUAAAAACAUCCGAGGACCCCCCCCCCGGCCCCCCCAGGCGACUUCGCCUGUCAGGCCCCAACACCUCCAGGUGCGGAAUCCUGCGCUGGCGGGACGGAGAGGGGACCGGGUGGGCAAAGAACGCCGCGGGAUGGGGUUGA